CUGCCGCCACAACAAUGACGUGGCAAUAGCCGUGGCGCUGCCAAUUGCCUGCUGGGCUAAGCUGGCUUGUAAAUAAAUUAACCUAGAAAGGGGCGUCGACGCCAUCGCUCCACCGACAAAUCAUCGUGAGCAGUUCGCGCUCGUGCGUAAACAGUCAUGACGGACCUGUCGUUUUCGGCACGAGCCUACGCCAAGAUAGUCCUUCACGCGGCCAAGUAUCCACACUGCGCGAUCAACGGACUGUUACUCGGCAAACUUCGUUCCAACGAGCUGCAGAUCGUCGAUGCGGUGCCGCUUUUUCACGUGUGCUUACACGUCUCGCCCAUGUCCGAGCUCGCUCUCACCAUGGUAGAGCAAGUGGCUAUCAAUAAAGGCUUAGUCAUUGUGGGCUACUAUUUGGCCAAUGAAAAUAUCAAUGACAUUAGUUCCGACAAACCAGCUCAUCGAGCCAUUUCAGAAAAAAUUGCCGAAAACUUCAAUCAUGCUGUCUUGACAGUUGUUUCGAAUAAAGACAUGACCAUUGGCAUGAACACAAAUCCUUUAAGAAUUUCACAGUAUUCAGAUGGCAAAUGGAAAUACAGAGAUAAGUCAAGUAUAAACUUUGAAGCUGGAGCUGAUCUCUUAGAAGCUAUGUAUCAUUUAAUGAGAAAUGAAGAAUAUAGAAAUCUAGUCGACUUUGAUAACCAUUUGGAUAAUAUAUCGUUAGAUUGGCAGAACUAUAAUCUAAAUCAUAUCAUAGAUAAAGCGCUGAAGAAUCAAAGAUAGAUUGAAUUUGUAAAUAAACCAAAGUUUGUUUUCAUACUUUGAAUUGUUUGUGCAAGGGUACCUAUGUAUUAUAUUUAAUUUAUACAACACUAAUAAAUAUUCACAAGAAAUUUAUGCAAAUGUCACGAUUGUUCUG